AUGGGCUAUGCCCGUGUCAAAGCACGGUCACCUGAGCUGGCUGAAGGACUCCUGGCCUCCACCAGCGAUGACGACCUUCCUGGGGACCUGCAGUCACUGUCAUGGCUCACGGCCGUGGACGUGCCACGACUGCAGCAGAUGGCGAGUGGCCGCGUGGACCUGGGAGGCCCCAGUGCACCGCAUGCACACCCAGGUGCCUUGGCCAGGACAGCUGACCUGCAUAUGGGAGCUGCCCCAGGUCCCCUGCUCCACGGCCCAGCGGGCAUGGCCCCCCAAGGUGUGCUGGGUCUGGGCCCCAUGGCCAACCAUGGAGCCAGUCAGAUGAACCAGUUCCCUGUGGGGGGCCAGCCCUCAUCCAGCCUGCAGGACCCGCCACAGCUCUGCCUGAUCGCCAUGGCCCUAAAGAACAGCAAGACAGGCAGCCUGCCCGUGAGUGAGAUCUACAGCUUCAUGAAGGAGCACUUCCCCUACUUCAAGACGGCGCCCGACGGCUGGAAGAACUCAGUGCGGCACAAUCUGUCCCUGAACAAGUGCUUCGAGAAGGUGGAGAACAAGACAGGUGGCUCCUCGCGCAAGGGCUGCCUGUGGGCCCUGAACCUGGCCCGCAUCGACAAGAUGGAGGAGGAGAUGUACAAAUGGAAGAGGAAGGACCUGGCCGCCAUCCACCGGAGCAUGGCCAACCCGUCAGUUGAAGGGUCUGAGGAGCUGGACAAGCUGAUCUCGGACCGGCCAGAAAGCUGCCGACGCUCCGGCAAGCCAGGGGAGCCUGAGGCCCCCGUGCUGACCCAUGCCACCACGGUGGCCAUGGCCCACAGCUGUCUGGCCGUCUCCCAGCUCCCACCCCAGCCACUGAUGACCUUGUCCCUGCAAUCAGUCCCCCUGCACCACCAGGUCCAGCCCCAGGCACAUCUUGCCCCAGACUCUCCCGCCCCGGCCCAGACCCCACCCCUGCAUGCCCUGCCGGACCUGAGCCCCAGCCCCCUCCCCAACCCCGCCAUGGGAAGGGCUCCAGUGGACUUCCUCAACAUCAGCACUGACAUGAACACUGAAGUGGACGCCCUGGACCCCAGCAUCAUGGACUUCGCUCUGCAGGGGAACCUCUGGGAGGAGAUGAAGGAUGAGGGCUUCAGCCUGGACACGCUGGGGGCCUUCGGAGACUCCCCACUUGGCUGUGAGCUGGGGCCCUCGGGCCUGACCCCUGUCUCCGGAGGCAGCGACCAGUCCUUCCCAGACCUGCAAGUGACUGGUCUCUACGCCGCGUACUCGACCCCGGACAGCAUGGCCGCGUCAGCCGCCACCUCCUCCUCUCAGUACCUGGGCACCCCGGGGAACAAGCCCAUAGCCCUGCUUUGA